UGCACGCGCCUCUUGUCCUUUGAUAAAGGAUUCUUAUUCGGGGUGAAGGCAGACAUGGAGGAGCUGAGCGCCGUGGGAGAGCAGGUUUUUGAUGCGGAAUGCAUUUUAAACAAACGACUGAGAAAGGGAAAGUUGGAGUUUCUUGUGAAGUGGAGGGGAUGGUCAUCCAAACACAACAGCUGGGAGCCCCAAGAAAACAUCCUUGACCCAAGACUGUUAGCUGCAUUCAACAAGAAAGAGCAAGAAAAGGAGCUUCUGAUGCGUAAGAAAGGGAAAAGGCCGAGGGGACGACCACGGAAAAUCCUAGAAAAUGUGCUUGAAGCUCCAAAGUCAAGCAGCUCUUCCUCUGGCUCAUCAUCGUCGUCCUCCGAUUCCUCAUCCUCGUGCUCCUCCUCUUCAUCCUCAUCAGACGACGAUGACGACGACAGCCACGCUAAACAGGCAAACCCGAGCGUCAGAACACGAGACCUUCAUCCUGUCCCUCAGAAGAAGGCGCAGAUUGUCGUUGCAAAACAGGAGCCCCCAAAGAAACGAAGCAGGAAACCUCUGCCGUCUGACCUGAAGGAAUUUCAACAGAACAAGGGCUCUCGCAAAAUCUUGAAGACAUCCAAAGAUACAGAUCUUCCAGGAGCGAUCAAGAAGCCUGUUCACCCAGCAAGCUUCACCUUCAUGGGUUUUCAUCGGGGCUCGGCUAGGGAUGCAGUGGGUGGUCAGAGCAGGAGCUCUCUGACCCAUGGUGGGGCUGUUAAAAACUCCAUGAGCUCCGUGGGAUCUGGCAGGUCAGUCCAACCUGCCUCCCCCUCCCUGAACAAAUCCAGCCAGAGCAGGAAUGUCACUGAGGGUAAACUGUCCAUGUCCAGUAUGAGCAGCGGGGCAAGUCUGGAUUUGAAAGCAGCUGCUAGUAAAUCAAAAGGGGUAGCAGCGUUGAAUUUGAAUACAUCCAAACACCCCAUUGAAGGAACCACUCAGCAUACACUAAGUUCCCCCAAUGGACAAAAGAAACCCCAAGCCCCUGUGUCAACACUGCAGCGGAUACCCAAUACUAAAGCAGUGGCUUCCCUACCAUCUAAGAAUGCAGCCUCCAAUCAGGGUAGUGGCCUUCAGCCUCUCAACCUUCAGAACAAACUGGUGCAAAGCAAUGAUGCUCCUGGAAAUGGCACUAGUCCGGUGUCAGGCCUGAGAAAUGCAACAAACCCAGUGAGGAAAACUACUGUCACACAAACUCAGCAGUAUAAUGCUCCUAAGAGUCCAGCGACCCCUGGAAGACUGCAGGCCAGAAAGAGCCAGCCUGGAGCAGACAAGGUCAAGGAGGCGACUGAAGUCCAGACCCCCAGAGUCCAAGGCAGGCUGGAGAAGAGCAGUGUGCAGAAAUCCUCCACAGAGGUCCAGAGCCAACAAGAGAGAACGGCCUCCAAAGACGGCAAGAAAGCCAAAAUGAAUGACAUGAGCACAGGUGAAGACGAGACCAGCUCAGACUCCGACCAGGAUUUGUCCUACACUGGACAGGAUCGCUCGGUACCGGUCCAGAACCAGGACUGGAAGCCCACACGUAGUCUGAUAGAACACGUGUUUGUAACAGAUGUCACUGCUAAUUUAGUUACUGUCACAGUCAAGGAGUCGCCAACCAGUGUGGGCUUCUUCAGUAUUCGCAACUACUGACAGGACUCCAGACACUGCAAACCAGAUGGGCUUUGAAGCAAACAGAGGGGUUUUGGGUUCUGAAGGAAUUAGAUAAACCUUUGGCUGGAGAAUUCCUAAGGAAUGGAGGUUAAUUUGCUCCUCAUCUUCUAUAGUAAGAGACCAAUUUUUAGGUUUAAAAAUGAUAACAAAAGGACAGAAAAUCAGUCAUUGAUUGUGAUUAUUUAUUUGCUCAUGUCUACAAAUUGUUAAAGAAAUGGCAGUGGAGGAAGGACAAUGACCACAGAGAUGCAAGAGGCAGCAUUUUGGUCUCGCCUGAUUAUCUCAAAGAGACAAAUCUUUGUGGUUUCAUUGAGUCCAAAAUUGCGUCAUUACUGGGGUCCUGGAGAAACAUGACUUUAUUCAUCAUAUUCAUCUUUUAAGUACUGAGAUAAAACUCCAAUGCUCCAUGAAUGUUGCUGAAUCUAUGCGAAAUAUUAACAUUCAUACAUGUUGCGCUCAUGUGUUUCUCUGUUGAUGAGAUUAUCUGUUUUCUUAUAACAUACACCACAGCAGAGGAAUAUCUUAAGAAAUGAUGAAAGGGUAGGCAUGAGCAGGAGGAGUAGCGUCUUUUAUGGGUAGCACAUUUAGUUCAUAAUGUGUCAGUGUUGUGACUCCAUAUCAGUCAAUAGCUAGUGUAAACCAGUUUUUAAUUCUUAGUAUAGUAUUGUUUAUGUCUCAUAAAUUAGCUACCUCUUUUUUUUAAAAACGCUUACUGCGUAUGUAUAUUAAUUUCUCAUUGGAAAGGAAAACCUUUCCUUCCAGGGUAUACCAUCAUUGUGUCCAUAUAAUUGUUUUUAUAUAGCUCUAAAUGUAUUGGACUCAUGUUGUAUAAACUUGUGUUAGUACCAGCGACCAGCUCGAGCCGCAUACAGCAGCUUCAUUUCUGUGUAAUGAAAAACUCCACCAGAACAGCCUCAGAGUUCCACACUGUGUUGAACUGUGCGCAUCAUUAUCGCCUCGAAAAUAAGUUUCAUUCCACAGUGCAGCCAGUUUAUCGGCACAGUAUCCAAACGGGCUUAAGCAUGUGGGGAGUCAGACACACUAUCUGUUCCUCCCUGGCAUUCAGAUAAGGCUCGGUCCUGGCUGAGGUUUGCUCAUCUGCCUUUGCAUCUGUUCUGUCCUUCAAGAUCUUCACCAGCAACUUGAACCUUCUCAGACUUGUAAUUAAUAUGGACAAAAACCAGAGAAUAAGUGCUUGUUUUGACAUGGCAGGAUGAUCAUGGACAGUACACCUGACAAUGCUUCUCCCUCAGUCUGUCAGAGCUUCCCAUGAGCCUUUUGAGAUCGCUGACGGCAACUGGUUUGAAACCACUGGGGAAAAGGUAGGGUGUGGACAGAGCUUGACAAUAAACUGCUCGGCAUUGUUUGUCGCUUACCACAAAACACCAGACUUGAUUCUGUCUGUUGCUACUGGUGUUUCAAAAUGUCGAGUACUGAAAUACCAGAUUUGUUCUUGUUUUUUUUUUUUUUUACUUGCAGCUGCAGACGUCUCAUUUCACCCACCUGCAUGGGUUCAGGAGCUGCAGGCCCGGCCUCCCAGAGGAGAAAAAGUCUUUAUCUGAUGUAACGGAAAAGAAACCACAACAAUGUGCGCUACUUUCUGCUCCCUUGAGAGGAGUUCAGCAACAAAGCACUUCGACUGAACUCUUCUGUCUAAUCCUGCUCUGCAGACUGUGCCUUCCUUUCUUUCAAAGACUAAACACAAAGGCAUUACCCCAAAGAUAGCUAGAAUUUCAGGAUGUUCAAUAAAGGAGUACCCCUGGAGCAUAGCAUGACUGAGACUGGACCAUUUUUAUUUUCUUGUUCGUAUUGUUUGGAAAUGGAAAAAAGCCCUGCUGGAUGUCUUAUCACAAAUGUAUGGAAUAAGAAGAGUGGUUUAGGUUAAGUUAUAGAAGUAGUUUCCAUUCAGGAUCAGCUGAUAAACAAAAAGAGAGCAUUCUCACAUGACGUGUUACAGGUGAAAAAUGUUUGUACACAGCAUUUGGCGUCGUCUUGUCAAUAUAGCUCCAGCAUGUCUCUUUCAAAGUGCAUCAGGCGGUAGGUAAAGAUUAGUCGCAAUCAGAAUGUCAUUCAUCACUACCAUGUGAUAGGCUAUGGGUUAAUGCAAGGUGUUUAUAUGAAUUUUUUUUAUUGUAUCUAAUUUUUUUUUAAUUGAUGAAAAGAACUUGGCAUAAAUAUGUUUCCAGUUGUGGUCUCUUUUUUUUUUAGAUCUACUAACCAUCUCAAUGUUUUGUUGCCUUUACAAUCUAUUUAUUUCAAAUCAAGAGACUUUCAGGGUAGGACAGUGUCAUGAAACCUUAUAUUGUGCCACUUGUCAAAUUGACUAAUAAAUGGUACAACCUUA